AUGAUUCGUUUGUGUACAACACCGUUAUGGGAUGAGAAUAUCACGAAUUUAUCGUAUCCUUAUUUAACGGAAUGUUUUCGAAAUACGAUUCUACAAUGGAUACCUUUGAGUGUCUUUUGGUUCGUUUUACCCUUAUGGAUUUAUGUGCUAAAUAGACGAGGAAGGAAACUACAGGCUAUGCGGAUAUCUUCAUUAUUUAUAAGUAAAAUGAUUUUUACGGUUUUCUUUAUUCUCAUGCAAAUAACGAAUGCAGCAACGGAGGUUAAUAAUCAAGCGGUUUUCUUCACUUCCAUCAUUUACAUAAUAACGUCAAUAACUAUUCUUUGGCUGAUAAAUUACGAUCGCUUGAAAAAUGUUCAUUCUUCGGAAUUACUCUUUAUAUUUUGGUUACUUGUAUCUCUCGCUGUUACACCGAAUGUCAUCGCUAAUUCAAUAGACGUUGACAAAUCCAUAAAAUCAUGGAUAAGAUUAACUCGUUUGUACUUUCAAUUAUUUAUCACUCUAGUAUCGUUCAUUUUGAAUUGUUUUGCUGAAAAGUCCACCGAUAUAGAAAAAUUGAUUGUACCUGAAUCUUACGUUAGUUUUCCAUCGCGAAUAUUUUACACAUGGGUAACACCGUUGGUUCUUCGAGGUUAUAAAAAACCAUUGGAAGAAAGUGAUUGUUGGAAAUUACCAAUCUCUGAACGAGUUGUUACCGUUGUUCAUCAAGUCCAAAAGUGCAUCGAUCGAAUGAGGAAAACGUCGAGUAAGAUUUUAUACGCAAAUCCAACUGAGAAUCUUGAUGAUGAUUUAACGCAACCAUUGCUAACCCAUAGGCAGAAAUUCGUGUUCUGGCAUGCUCUCUUUCGCGCAUUUAUCCAUAAGAUCAUGGCGGCUGGUUUGAUUAAAUUCGUUCAUGAUUUAUUACAAUUAGCAGGUCCAUUGGUGUUAAAGCUAUUCUUAGCGUUUUUCAAUGAUCCAACAAAACCAAAGUGGCUAGGGUUGUUUUAUGCAAUGUUGUUGAGUGUCAUGACUUUUUGUCAAGCCAUUUUCUUACGAACUUAUUUUCAUUAUCAAUUUCUCGUUGGACUUCGCUUUCGGUCAGCGAUAUCCGGACUUGUAUAUCGCAAAACCCUCAAGCUAAGCAAUGCAUCGAAGCAUGAAACAACCACCGGCGAAAUCAUUAAUCUAAUGGCCAUUGAUGCUUCACAUUUUGCUGACAUUACCACGCAAUUUCAUAUGUUGUGGUCAGGUCCAUUUCAAAUAACUGUGAUACUUGUCUUACUUUAUAAAGAAAUGCAGUUAGCGAUAGUACCUGGAGUGAUUUUAUUGUUUUUGAUGAUUCCAGUUAAUUUGUUUCUACAACGGAUUCUAAAACAACUGACGUCUAAAAAAAUGAAAAUCAAAGAUGAACGAAUCAAAAUGGUCAAUGAAAUUCUGAACGGAAUUCGUGUUUUGAAAUUAUACGCAUGGGAAAUGGCAUUUGUUCGUACAAUUAAUCGUAUAAGGGAAUCAGAACUCAUAUAUAUCCGACAAAAGGCAAUCAUCGGUGCAGUUUCAAGUAUUCUGUGGAUAUUCACACCCAUUCUUGUUGGCAUAACGACCUUUGCUACCUAUGUUCUUCUAUCAGAUUCGAAUAUUUUGACUGCCGAGAAAGCAUUUGUAUCACUGGCGUUAUUCAAUUUACUUCGUGGUCCACUUAUUUCAUUCCCGAAUAUGAUUAAUAGCAUUAUUGAGGCACGAGUCUCAAGCGAACGAAUCGGAAAAUUUCUAACUCGUGAUGAAAUUGAUGAAGAUACUGUCGAGCGAAUACCGAUUGAGAUGUCAAAUGAGAUUUCCGUUCAUAUACAAAAUGGAUGUUUCCGUUGGUUGAAUCACCCGGAAGCUCCUUUGACUUUAAAAAAUAUAAAUUUGCAAAUUCGUCAAGGUUCACUUGUUGCUCUCGUUGGUUCAGUUGGAUCGGGUAAAAGUAGUAUGUUAUCCGCACUUCUCGGAGAAAUGAACAAGACUAAUGGUCGAGUGUUUAUGAGUGGCAAAAUUUCAUAUGUUCCUCAAACCGCUUGGAUUAUGAAUACGACAUUGAGAGAAAAUGUCAUCUUUGGAAAAGAUUUUGACAAGAAAUUUUACAAUCAAGUGAUUGAAGCAUGUGCUCUGAGACAAGAUCUUGUUAUGCUUCCCGCAAAAGAUCAAACAGAAAUUGGCGAAAAGGGCAUUAAUUUGUCCGGUGGACAACGACAACGUGUUUCUCUAGCUCGGGCGUUGUAUAGUAAUGCUGAUAUUUAUCUUCUUGAUGAUCCAUUAUCCGCUGUUGAUGCUCAUGUUGGAGCACAUAUUUUCAAACAUGUGAUCGGAUCGAAAGGAUUGUUACAUGACAAAACGAGAAUUUUAGUGACACAUGGUGUAUCACAUUUGCAUAAAUGCGAUCAGAUUGUAGUUAUUUCUCAAGGCGAAAUUGUUGACCAUGGUGAAUACGCUGAUCUCAUCGGACGAAGUCAAAUUUUACGAGAUUUUGUUCAGUCCGGAAAGAGAGAGGAAGAAGAUGAUGAUGAUGAUGGUGAGAAUAUUGCAGCAGUAUCGAUUGAUAAUGACGAUGAACAAAUUGAGGAAGAGAAGAAAAAACUGAUUGAAAAAGAAAAGAUCGAAACCGGUUCGGUCAAAUUUCGUAUUUUCUCAACUUAUAUUCGUUCAAGUCGACUUUUACUGGUUACACUACUUCUAAUUUUCUUCUCGUUAACAAUAUUCUCCACUCUGUGUACAAAUAUUUGGCUUUCAAAGUGGACUGAUCAAUUAACACAUCCAAUUUAUUACAUGAGUAUUUAUUCAAUCCUGGGCAUAACUCAAGGUUUCUUUGCCUUUUUGAUGCAAUUAUUCUUAAAACUUUCUGCAUAUGUCUCCAGUCGAACACUUCAUUCCGCUCUUCUCCUUGGAAUUCUUCGCUCUCCGAUGUCGUUUUUCGAUACAACACCUAUUGGUCGAAUCCUCAAUCGUUUUGCUAAAGAAAUUGAUUCAGUCGAUUCCACAUUACCGACUUCUUUCUCUCAAGCAUUAGUCACUCUGAUUGGUGUCAUUGUCACAGUCUCCUUGCUCAUCUACGGAUCAUGGCUCGCUAUUGUUGAGCUAAUUCCACUUGCCUUUCUCUUCAUUUACAUCCAGCGCGUAUACAUUUCCUCGUCUCGACAACUCCGCCGUCUUGAUUCGUUUGCAACUGGAGAGGACCGUUGUAUAGUGUUUUUAUUCAAAGGUUGGAAUGUCGAUAAUCAUACGAAAUAUGCUUUUAUGAUUAUCGGUACUUUCUGCAUGGCUUUACUUAAUGGUGGCUUAGCUUUCAUUCGCCACUUUUUAGUCAAUAAAUCACAAACGAAUUCAUCUCCAUUAACUUAUCAAGCUUAUCUAGCAUUAGUCUAUGGAGUUCAAAUUGUUUUAGCUUAUUGGAUGAUGUUGUUAGUUAUGACUUAUGAAACAGGUGUUUUUCUUGCACUUGUGUUUGGUCUCACGAUUGGAUACUUUAUUUUUACUCUACUUGAAAGUAAGACUAGACUAGCGACAGUGAAUUCGACCUAUCAAAAUCAAUUCAACAAUACACCCUGUUGUCAAACGACGAGUUAA